AUGUCUUCCGACGCUAGUUCUCGCGGUUCCGUCUCCGACCACUUCCGUUCUCGCACCUCGUCUAAUUCUACGGGUCGUAUAUCAUCCGUUGAUCGAUUCCGAGCCAAUUCUUUUGACGACGACCUGGAGUCCAACUCGUCCCCUCGUCGACAGAACUCGUCGAGGUCGUCUGACGCCGGUUCCUCGAUUCUCGCGGCCGAACUGCAACGUCGCGAUUCGCCCUCUCAACGGGAUCUUGUCGGGGCUACCUCGAUCGUUCCAUUCGUUCAUAGUCUCCGAGAUGAGGAUAUUGGUGAUGUCAAGUUUGACGAUCUAGAGGCUGAGCCUGAGCUCGUUGAGAUGCCUUUCGGGGUUCCCGGACCAUCUCCCUAUCACGUUGACUUCCUGGGGCCGACCCGGACGUCAUUUGAGACCCUCGCGUAUACCCUCCAUUACUGUGAUGCUCCGUCCUCGAUUGAAACUCGCAUUCCGGCUUUAUUCGAGCGACCUUGGUCCGCUCCGGUCGGCUUCUUCUGUGUUUAUGAGAGUUUCUUUACGGAAUGCGAUCUCACUUUUCCGAUUCCGGGCUUCCUGCUUGAAUAUGUAGCGAGGCGGGAGAUGGCUCUUUCUCAGCUUUCUGUUGCUGCCAUCCGGAAUGCGGUAGGCCUGGUUUGGCUGGCGAGUAGGUGCGGCGUGGUUGUCCGUUCUUCUCAUUACGAGGAGGUGACUAAGAUUAAGAGCCUCAGCAAGAAAAAGCCGGGCUUACACUACGUUCAGUCAUCCACGACUCCUAAGCUUGUCGAUGAGGCCAAGAGCAAAACUAGUGACUGGUCGGCGGGAUACUUCUUUGUUAGGAUUUCGGCAGAAUCUGUUGAGGACGUUAGAAUUCCGAUCUAUACAGGGUGGAAAAUUUCACCCGCUCGUUUCCCGACGAUAUUUGAUCCAUUUCCCGAGCAGCUAAAGAAGGAUCUCGAAAAGAUUCGCGCCGAGGGUCGUAAAGCAAUGGGUAAGUUCGACCUGAGUGUGGUUCCGGAUUACGCCAGUCGUUACAAGGAAAAGAGGCCGGCCACGGAGACUCCUGUGGCAAAGCCGACUCGCUCAGAGGAGCGUCAAAUGAGGGAGGCCCUGAAGAAGAGUCUCCUAGAUCAAGGAGGGCGUCACGCCUUCCAGGCCGGAAGUUCUCGACCGUUGAGCCCUAACUCCGAGAGGGUAAAGAAGAACGAGAUGCUCGCAGCUCGUUCAACUCAGCAGGCUGGUGGAGGUGAUCGAGCUGUAAUCCUUCCCCCAAGUGACGAUCUUCGGGCCGUAGAAGCCCGGAGUGGCUCAGUCGAGCCUCUGAACAAGAAGAGGCCGGCUGAUACGGGAGCUCGUCCGAUUGCCCAGAAGAGGCCUCGGGUCGCCGACCACCGGUGGUCGUAUCGCUAUGUUGAUAGGGAUGUUCCCUUUACAUCUAAUGCGGACGCCUGUGCUGCUCUAUUCCGCGAGAUGGGUCAUGGCCCCGGCUCGUUCCCUCUAAUUGAGGAUCUUCGGGAGCGGGAUGCGUAUACCGAGGCGACCUUCGCGAUGAACCGCAUGGUUCAUCUCUACGAGCGCCGAGUUCGUCGGCUUUCGAACGAGAACCCGAAUUCGAGUGAUUAUCAGGCUGCCAUUGCUGCGGAGAAGGAGCGGGUAGAUCAAGUCUCGCGAGAGUUGGGUGCUGUUAAGGACGAGGCGGUGAAGCUUAGGGAGAAGGUCAACCUUCUCGAUCAUCACCGGAAUGGGCUGAUUGCGGAGAGGGACCGUUUGAGCGCCGAAGUGGAGGCAGAGAAGGCUCGGUAUGACGAGCUCGCUGUGAUCCUCCAUUCCGAAAAGGCUAGACUGCGAGAACGUCGUGCUGAGUACGGCGAGUACUGUAGAGGUAAAGCUCUUGCGAAGAUGGCCCGGCUGUUUCAGGCUCGUCUCACCCGUCUACAGGCUCAUGUUGAGGAUACCCGUGCCGCGCAGCCCACUCUUCUGCUUUACAACCAGGCAGUCGGGAACCUUGGUUUUCUGAAGGCUCUAGUGGAAGACGGCGAGGUCGUCAUUAAGUCGGAGGAAACGCUUUCCAGGGUUGAGGCUGACGUGGCGCAGUACAGAGCUGAUCUUGCGGCCUUCGACGUGACUGAACUUCAGGAUGGCGAUUUUGACGCCUAUACCCUCUUCGCGGACCGGAACGAGGUUACUGAGAACCUUCAGUAUGCCGCUUUGGCUGCCAGUGGAAGGGACUUCGUCGGAGAUGACGAGGUCGAAGAAGAUGCCGUUAAUCAGGACACUCAGCAGGAGGUCGCAGUUGAAGCUCGUGAGACCGGGGCCGAACUUCAGGAUGGUGGUGGUUUUGGGACCGAGGCCACAGGCGCUGAGCAGACUGGCGACGGCCAGGAGGUUCCGCGGGUGGCUACUCCGUUAGCUCAGGUUGUCCAAGACGGGGAGGACAUUGAUAUCGAAGGCUGA